AAGGUGGAGUGGUGAUUUGAGGUGCAGGCAGCGAGAGAACAUUAGCCUCCUUCAAAGUCAGUCAGUUGAUUUCGAAUUCAAGUGCGCGACGCGACGCGUUUCUACAAUACUGUAACGUACCUACAGUACCUUACAAAGUUACAAACAAGAACGCGACAGUUUUAACGUGCGUGUCCAAUAAAUUCGCUAUUCGAAAAGAAUUCGUAAAGAUUAAAAAGUGUUCGUUAGUGAGUUAGUGUUGAUACAAAAGAUAGGAAUAAUUACAUACUAUUACCAUUACUUCUCAGUGUAUAAAUAACAUUGCUUUGGUGAAGGACUAUGGAUAUUACGCUAUAGCCAGAAAUAUCUUCAGGAAGUGAUGGAUGUUCAAACGGCGCUAGUGUUUGCGCUUCAACUGGUCGCCCUUUUUUCGAUAGCGGGCGCCUUGCUGCUGUAUCUCCUGUGUAAGAUACGUGGGAAUUCAAAACCCGACGAGAAUGGAACUUCUCCCGGAGGUGGAAAACCAGUCCUCAUCACCUGUUGCGAUAACGUUGUCGGUUUGCAAGUGGCCAUUCACUUAGCCAAUCGUGGUUUUCGGGUGUUUGCUGGAUUAAAAGAAGGAGCUACCGAGGGUUGUAAUAAUGACGAUUCCGUGCCAUCAAGGGUAAUAAGAUCGUGGCAAAAACACCGAGAAAGCACUGAAUGCCUAACGACCGGUGCUUUAAUAGCUCUACCCAUUGACGUUACCAGAGAGGACGUUUUACACGAAGCUGUGGACAUAAUUAGAGCUCACUUACCAGCUGGCAAAGAUGGUUUGUGGGCGGUAAUAAACACGGGCGGUCUGUUAUAUCGAGGUAAAUUAGAUCAGCAAAACAUCUCCCAUUGGGAUGCCAUGUUGAAGACCACGGUGCUGGGGAUUUUACGAGUAACCAGGGCCUUCCAAGGGCUUCUACGCAGUGCCGGUGGCAGGAUAAUCACGUUCGGGGCGAUCGAAGGUGGCGAGGCCGGAUUAGUUGCAUACACUGCAUCCAGAUACGCUGUCGAAGGCGCUAGUAACGCUUUAAGGGAGGAAUUGAGCCCCAUGGGUAUCAAAGUCGUUUGUCUGAACAAUCACGGACUUCCGGAUGAUUUGAUGUUUGCCAUGCCAAAAUUGAAAAGUAAACAAGAAUCCGGUGAUGUGUCAGUUGACAUGAGCGGAUGCCUCGACUAUUACCCGACAGCUUUGUCUGAUACGGCGCUGCAAACUUUAGAUGUUGCCAUCACUUCCGGAAAACCGAAGAGAAAUUACACUCUGAUGAGGAAUCCCAAAUGGUUGAAUCCGUUACAAUUCGUUAAAGUUGUUUGACUGAAUGGCAGGGCACAUUUACGCAUUUCACUCGAUUAUUACUAACACCCAUGAUGCAAUAAUAACAUGUGUACCUAAUAAACAUUUAUAUCGUGGUUCUCUGUAUAUAUAUACAUACAUGUAUUUCAUUAAUUUAGAAAAGUCGA